UUUUUGCUUGUAGCAAUCCAAUUAAGAUUUGGAACAUUUUCGCAUUCUUCCCAAGGAGUGUAGGAUGAGGCAACAAUCUUUAAGCUUAUUAUUCUCUCUUAUCCUUUUCUUUCUCCAUUGUACAAAAACGUUAGGUCAGUCACCGGCGGCAGCCCCGGUAAUGCCACCACCUGCGACCCCAGUGAAGGCACCCCCUACGGCCCCUUCACAGGCACCAUCUGCACAGGUAGCAACAUCACCUGGCCCCGUUGACGUCAUUAAAAUCCUGCAAAAGGCUGGCCACUUCACUCUCUUCGUCCGCCUAAUGCAAGCUACAACAGAAGACACUGAGUUAAACAAGGAGCUGAACAAGACAAACAAUGGAAUAACAAUCUUUGCACCAAGUGACAGCGCAUUUUCAAGCCUCAAAGCAGGCUUUCUAAACUCUCUGAACGAUGAAGACAAGACUGAGUUGGUGAAGUUUCAUGUACUACCUGCAUUUAUACCAUCUUCCCAAUUCCAGACUGUCAGUAAUCCUGUAAGGACACAGGCGGGAACCGGUCCCAGGGUAACACUGAAUGUUACCACCACAGGGAAUUUCGUGAACAUAACUACAGGGCUGACAAAUACGAGCAUAUCCGGCACCGUGUACACUGAUAACCAGCUUGCUAUUUAUCAAAUUGAAAAGGUGCUAUUUCCUUUGGACAUUUUUGCUCCUAAGCCUCCUGCUCCUGCUCCUGCUCCUGCACCCGAACUGGGAAAGCCAAGGAAGGCAGCUCCCGAUGUAGAAAGUCCUACCGCUCCUAAGGAUAUUUCUGGUGCUCUAACACCACUUAUUCUGCAUAAUAAUGCCUUGCUCCUUGCAGUCAGCUGUAUGGUUGCUGCAAUCUUUUCAUGAGAUAUAUACCCCCGAGAGGGGUAACAUGGAUCCCUUUUCUUGUUUUUAUUACUAUACUAUGAUUUCAUGGAGUUUGCAAUGGUGCUGGUGAUAAAGAUCUAUGGUGAUCAGUACUGCUUUUUGAAUAAUUGACAAUUUCCUGUCAGUAACAUUAAUUUGUA